CCCUCUCAGAAGAAAGAAAUGCUGCGUGAGUUCCUGCAUUGUGCUGCGAGGGGGGGUGUGGAGGAGAUGAGCACCAGCCCCAUGCGUCAUCCGGAUCUGAUCAACGCUCAGCAUUCUGAAUCUGGGGACACGGCCCUCAUCGUGGCCGCUCAGGAAAACCAGCCAGAGGUGAUUGCAUUCCUUCUGGACCAUGGAGCAGAUGUCACCCUACACAACUUCAAGAGUCAGACAGCUCUGCAUGUUGCCAACGAUGGAAUCCGGGCACAGUUGUUAUUUGCUGUUGAAAGAACCUCAUUUCCACAGCUGUCCCUGGCACAGGCAGCCUGGCAAGGAGACCUGGGGACCAUUCAGGAUUUAUUGGAUGUGAAUGCAUUAAAUACACAAGGCCUGAACCCACUGAUGUUGGCUGUGCGUGAUGUGGACCUGUUUGAGGGACUAACCAUGGAGAGAGAGUACAGACCAGUGUCUGGAUUAGAAGCACUGAUAAAAUGUCACGGCGAUCCCCACCUCCUGGGUCUAAAUGGGAAUUCCGCAAUGAAUUAUGCAUCCAAAGUGAGAAGCCCCAUAAGGCAGCAGCUGAUGGACGCUCUGAAGAAGUCCCCUCCCCCACCAGAAACACAAGACGGCGACUUCUGUGGCUUUUGUCCGGACACAAAGCCUCCAUUAUAUGACAGAGCUGGUACUACCCCGGACAGAGCUGACAGUCAGAGCACACACUCCGGGAAUGAGCUGGCUGGUGAUGCGAUUACUGUAGGAGAUACAAGGCAGGAGCCGGAAGCAGAGGUGCGGAUCAGUCCAGAAAGUGACAGAGCAGCUGGUUCCUCUCUUUAUGAUAUGGAAAAGAACAAUACAAUGGAUGAAAGUGUAUUGGAUGUGGUUAGUCAAGGAUUCCUAGACUGCUGGAGUGGAGGUGGAGAGAGGCGAUCCGGCCAGCUACAAGGUUCAGGAUUAGGUUCGGGAGAAUCCACAGGAACCAGUAAGACUUUUCCUCCAGUAUCUUAUUCUCCUCAAUCCCCUAAAUCCUACAGACUAAGACCCUUGCCAAAAUCCAGCAAAACAGAAAGAUCAAUUUCCAUUCCUAACUCAGAGGUGUUGGAUAAAUCCAGAAGCAACAGAUUAACAUGUGGACAUGAGUGUGUUCGAAGGCCAGUGGAAGUAUUGGAUAUGGUCUUAUCUAAAGAGCAAAUUCAGAUUAGCUUGGCCAGUGUUAGCAGUUGUGAAAGUGCAACCCACAUGGGUGAUCUGUCAUCAAGAAGUGCUCACUCAAGCAUUGGAUAUGGCUCUGGAAGGAGAGGGAACAAAGAAGGCUCAAUGAACAAUGUCAAUACUAAUCUACCUCAAAUUUGCAGCAGAAUACCGGAACGCCACACUCAUGACAAGACUCCAAGGAGGAGCUGGAGAGAAGAGACCCAUUCAUCAUUAGAAAGUGAACCUUUAGCAGUACAGAAGAAACCUGAAACUGUAAAAGACACACCCUGUGACAGAAAAGACAAUAAGUUAGUUACUAGUUGUGACAAUGACCUGCUGAAACAUGAGACACACUUGUUACUCAGUAAUGUGACUAACAAAAACACAAAAGAGGACAAUAUCAAAAAGCCAUUAAAUGAUACCAGCCUACUGGAUGUGAGCAAAGUCAUAGAGUUUGUCAAAAUUAAUUCACCGAGGACACCCAGGGCAAGCUAUGUGCCUUUCGUACAAAUCACCUUCUCUGAACAGGAGGCUAAAACAGAAGUUCAUCAUCCUCCAGCCAAACAGUUCCUUUCCAAAAGGAGGCCAAACCUGAGUAUUCUCACUCACAUCAGUAGAAGUUUUAACAUAAAUGCCCAAAAAGAAAACAAAAGUAAGAAAACUAAAAGCAUAAGAAACAACUCCGCUCCUAACUUAAAAUAUCCAAGGCCUCUCUCCAACAGUAAUGCAAAUCGUGGCAAAUGUGUGGCUUUGCCUGCUUUGGCAUACUCUUCUGGGCCUUCACCCACGAAAACGUCAAAGAAAGCCGGCAGCAAGCCAGGCAGUGCAGAGCAGAACGGCCAACGUUCACAAACCCAGUUAUCCCUUUAUACAAAGAAAAGAGUAAAGUCUCCUGUUAAUCCAGCCAUGCCUCCGCGAGCAAAGACGGCUCAUGAUUUCCAGGACAUACAUUACAGUGACAUGUUUGUUGAGAUAAAACCACAAAACAAUGGCCCGGGUAUCUUCCAAAUGUUUGAGACUCCGGUUUAUAUCAAUAGUUCUAAAGAAGACACAAGCGGCCGUAAGGAAUCUAGCUCUGCCUCAUCCACUAGAAGCCGUUCCUCCAAAGGUAUUCGGUCAGGGUCUUCACGAGAGAGCAGUGCAAGAUCUUCCAAAAGAGCAAAACCUAGAAACAAAAAAAACUCCUCUGCCAAAAAAUGUCAACGCAAGAACUCAUUGACAAAAUCAGUGGCUGUGGAAGAUAUUUCGGGGGGGAAAAAAGAUGAUAUGGUCAUUAUAUCCGGGAUAGAUUGGGAAAUCAAAACCCUAAAACAAGAGCAAAGUGUUAGUGACAGUACAACAGAUAACCUACCACACGUCUUACAUCCAGAGUUUUCAGAUUUAUCCAUGAUUAAAGAAGCCACAAUAGAGAACUCACUCAGUGGUCAUGAAGCAGAUCAAAUCACCUUCACUAAAAGGUUCCAAGAGGCGGGACAAGUGAACUUUACUGACAUUUUGAAAAAGGAACACAUUGAUCCUGUUGCAUCAGUAGAGAGAAAUGGAAUAGAAAAUGUUGAGCAUCCGGCCCAAAGCAAAAGCAGUGAAACAGAUGAGGAACAAAAUGGACAAACAUGUGAAGUGGAAGCAUUAGGACAACCAUCUCAGAAGCCCAAUGCUGCAGGAAGAUCAGAAGAUCGGCUCUCGCAAAGUGAAACCACCUUUAUUAAUCUCAUCUCCAGAGAAAUUAAUGAGGAACUCUUGAGUGAAGACAGUGAAGACAACAGUGAAAAAGACAGAACACAUCAGGUGUACUGCAUUUCCAUCCCUAUGAAGAGUAUACACAGUAGUGGGACCAGCGACAUGCUGAUUUCUUUUGAAAGGUGUUUGAAACAGAUCGAUGAACAGUCCAAUGAUUCAAAAAUGGUGGAGAAGCAUCAAGACGAAGAUCAAAGUGCAAACAUUUACCACAAGCAACACGCUGAUGAGCCUGGAAGAGAGAUUAAUCAAAUACAGCCAUCGAGCUGUGACAGAUCUCAGCUGUCCUUAAGACUGAAGAGUCAACUGCACAGAGGAAAUGAAUGCUGGCGAAGAGCCGAGAGCUUCACCCUGGUGACCGUUAUCGGCAGAUGUACGAGCCCCAGUGACCGUAACAUCAAUAACUCCUCCCAGUCUGAGAACUACUUCAAGCCUAGUGAUGACAACAGCUCCAUUCACUGGAUAAAGGGAGAGGUGCUGGGGAAAGGAGCGUAUGGAACGGUGUAUCGUGGUCUCACAAGCCAAGGGGAGCUCAUUGCUGCCAAGCAGGUGAUGCUACACAGCUCAGACCCAGCUGUAGCAGAGAAGGAAUAUAAAAAGCUGCAAGAGGAGGUGGACCUGUUAAAGGCUCUGAAAAAUGACAACAUAGUCGGCUUCCUCGGCACCUGUCUGCAAGACAACAUAGUGACAAUAUUCAUGGAGUUUGUACCUGGGGGCUCCAUAGCCAGCAUUUUACGCCAUUUUGGGCCACUGCAAGAAGCUGUAAUAAGUAAAUACACAAACCACAUCCUGCAAGGCAUCGCCUACCUGCACAAAAACAGGGUGGUGCACAGAGAUAUCAAGGGCAACAACGUCAUGUUAAUGCCCAAUGGGGUCAUCAAACUAAUUGACUUUGGCUGUGCAAAACGCCUCAACGGCGUGAACAUGAAUGGUACUCGAGGGGCAAUGCUGAAAUCGAUGCAUGGGACGCCAUACUGGAUGGCCCCAGAGGUCAUCAGUGAGUCUGGACAUGGGGAGAAGUCUGACAUAUGGAGUAUUGGUUGCACAGUGUUUGAGAUGGCAACUGGGAAACCUCCACUGGCACACAUGAACAAGAUGGCAGCAAUGUACUAUAUUGCUACACAGAAAGGGCUCAUGCCAACUCUGCCUGACCACUUCUCAAAGAAAGCCAGGGACUUUGUAAACUUGUGUCUGAUAAGGGAACAGGAAGAGCGCCCCUCUGCGGAACAGCUACUGCAACACCCGUUCACAAGGGAGAAAAACUCAAUUCAAAAAUUCCCACAGGCACCUGAAGAGGCCUAG